AUGAAGACGAGAUCCAGUGAUGUAGCACAAGUAGCUAACAGAGGCAAGAGGAAAGCUCCGGAGGGAGACGAAAACGUCAGAGGGAAGAGACGAUCGGUGCAGAAGAGCGACGAACGGAAGAACUCUCCUUCUCCUCGGAUAGAUAGAAGAUUGGCUCCGAAGAGAACGAUUCUCAGAGGAAUCCAUGGAUGCGUAUCUCCUCGGUGCUCUGCUUCUACUCACCGCUCCACCUUCUCAUGGUAUGAGCAAGAUGUGUGGACACACAUUGCGAGGUUUUUGGAUGGGAGGUCACUGGUGAAGCUGGGAGCAACGAGCAAAUGGUUUAACAAGAUGGUGAUGGAGGAUGAUGCUGUUUGGAGGUUCGCUUGCUUGCGUGAUCUUCAGGUGCCAAAACCGUAUUCAGUUUCUUCAAGCUGGAUUAAGAUCUACGCUUCAGCGUUUGAUGGGAGUCACUCUUACUUGUUCCGUCAGCAGCAAAAUCAUAUUGACUGGAUGCGAUUUGGUGCUUUUACUCUUGACUCUAGAGUGUCACUUCUGACUGAGAGGUUGAGUUCUCCACUGAAAGUUCCAAGGGAAGGUACCAUAGAACAGAUGCUGGAAUCAAGUGGUUCAUGUAUUGUAAAAGACAUCAGAAGCGGUAUUUGGAUUGCAGAUUUACAGCUUGUUCGGUGCCCUGUCUGUGACCUCAGUACCUGUGAUGGAACAAUGCAAACACUGGAUGCUAGGCAUAUUGAACUGUUCUUGAAUGAAGGAUACAAAAAUGGAACUUGGGAGUACAAUCUUAUUGCUUCUCAUAAGUUGCAGAAAGACGCAGUUGCAGCUUGUGGAGCCAUUUUCGAUCUCAAACACCUUAAAGCUUCUUCAUCCUCAGGUAUUCUCAACCUCAAGUCUUGGACUGGAGCGCCAGAUGAUUCCCAACCCAAAGCAAUGGUCGCACCCCUCGCAGUCGCUGUUCACACAAGAUUACAAGAAAACGAAGGAAUCAUUGUGAAGUAUCACACGAUGAAGGCAGGAGCUGAGGGUGACAUAGUUUCCAUCAGAAUCUCCCAGCAGCUACUCUGA